GCUCUCUCACGCGUAAACCAUAUCCUCUCAAUCCUUUUCCAAGCGGAGCUCUCUCUCACGGCGAUGGCCGACAAGAGGAAGAACACCGGGGAAGGGGAAACGCCUCCGGCAAAGAUCCAAGGGGAAGUGCUCUCGUAUGCUGCACGUUGCAUGCAGCGGCUGUGUCGUCGGCGGCGACGAGGACGGCGGUGGCCACGGUGACGACGAUGACGGGUACGAGUGCGCUUCUUGCACAGACUUGGCCGCGUCCGCGGUCUACGUCAAGAGCUCCUACCUGGAUACCCUAUUCAGCGGCUUUGCGCCCUGUUUAUGCCCGGAGUGCUCUUUCGAGGGUUCGCCGGCAGACCUCGUGCGCCACCUCACGGACAAGUCCGGCAAGCACGGCUGGGCCGCCCACAAGAUCACGUACGGCAAGGACCACGAGUACGCCAUCGACGCGCAGAAAUCCAAGGGGAAGCACCAUGAGCUCUUGGUCGCGGAGGAGGACGGUGCCUUAUUCCUCUUGGUUAUUGAAUUUAACGGGGACGCCAAGAAAGACUUCGUGUUCCUUGUGCGUGUCACGAAUAAAGCUGGCGCGGUGUACAGCUCCUCGGUCGCCGUGGAGAGCCCUCCGGCUGUAGGGCUCACUGUUAUGGUGGAAAAGAAGGUGAUGGCUAGUCCAAGAAGAGUAGUGGACCGUGACUAUUUUAUUCCUGAGGUAAUAGCACCAGGAGUCCCACAACUUGUCCUGUAUGUGACGAUUUGGUCUCAAUCUUGCAAAAGGCAACUAUUGAGUCCCACAACUUGCACCCAAUGUGUAAAUCUGGUCCCAGCCAAUCGUAGCAUGACAAGUGGCGCCUAGUCAGCACAGCCGGUCAGCGCCGCACUUUUUGCAAUUACCCCCCUGGACUUAGCACAAAAUAACCCGCACUACACCUCACAAAGCACGCUGUCGACUAUCGACCGUCCGUCAGACAGCGCAGGGGCCACUGCUGCUCCUUCCCUGGUGCUGUUCUUUCCACGACGCCGCGGGAGUUGGUAAUUUUCCUACCCAAUCAAUCAAACCUGCCAUAUGCAUCAGUUCAGUCAAUUAAGGGAGGAAACAAUCAAUUCCGAGAAUAAUUAAUCAAAUCCUGCCUAAUAUUACCUGCCUAGAUCAAUCAAGGGAGGAAUCAAUCAAUUCAGAGAACAAUUAAUCAAAUCCUACUCAGAUCAAUAUCACCUAUCCAAUUUUCAGUCACUCAAGGGAGGAAAUUGUUGCUGUUUUGAAGUAAUCAAGGGAGGAAAUUGCUACUGACAAAUUGGUUCCAGUAUUAUUGGAAACAAUCAUUUUGUUUCUGUUUUUGAAGUAACCAUAAAUCACUUCACAGGGCUAGUGUAUAGCAGAAUUAACA